CCAUUAUCUUAUUAGGUUAUUUAAUGUUAAAUUUGCACUUCUCUGGCAUGUGCAAGAAACACAAGAAGAAAAGUUAUUCAAGAGAAUUAUCAAGCUUUUUCAAUGUGACAUUAUGAUUAUGCAUAGAGUUUAGGGAACAAGAAAAAGAUGCAGAGCACAUAUGCGUCUUGGGUACCAACAGUAUCUCCUUCACCACUAAACCUCACAAACUCAAAGCCCAGACUGUCGAAUACUUCCCCAAAUCAAACACAAAGAAAUGGAGACAUUGAUAAUUCAGCAGAAGUGAGAUUUCCAUUGCCUACUCAUAUAAAAUCAAUAACAAGUACUUCAAACCCAUUUAUUAAACACUGUGUUAAGCUCCGUCAAAGCUCUCCUUAUCGCCAUGCACAUGGUUCUGCUCUUGUUGUGGGUACUACUCCCAUCAGGGAGAUCUGCAAAUUUCAGAAGUCAUUGAAAGAGGAGACUGUUGAGAUGGAGUGUUUAAUUCUUCCUGAUAAAGCUAAGGUUCCUGAAGGACUUGACAGUUCCUCCACUCGUACUUUGCGUGUGAGCGCUCUGGUGAUGAAAAGACUUUCGCAAUUGCAAUCUACUGAAUCUAUUGAGGCAAUUGCGCUGAUGAAAUUUCCUACCAGCUACUUUGUUGUAGGUGAUCAUCAAAAAGAUGCAGAUUUUCGUAAAUGGUUCCCAUCUCCACAUAGAAUUCUAGUCCUUGAGGGGAUCCAGGAUCCAGGAAACCUAGGUACAUUAGUCAGAUCAGCUGUGGCGUUUAGAUGGGGUGGCAUUUUUCUACUUCCUGGCUGUUGUGAUCCAUUCAAUGACAAAGCACUCAAAGCUAGUCGAGGAGCCUCCUUUCAGGUCCCUAUAGUAUCAGGCAGUUGGCAUCAUCUGGAAGCUCUAAAAGAUGAAUUCCAAAUGAAAAUGCUAGCUGGCCACCCGGCAAGUGACGACGAACAGACACCAGUGUCAGAGUUAUCUCAAGGGUUUGCAGAUUCUUUAGCUGAUAUCCCAAUAUGCUUGGUUUUGGGCAAUGAAGGGCAGGGCCUUACGGAGAAAUCUCUACAAGAAUGUCAGCUUGUGAGCAUACCCAUGGCAAGAAACUACGAGUCCCUCAAUGUUGCAGUUGCUGGUGGCAUUUUCUUGUACAUGCUACAACCUAAACACCAGGGACUUCUAUAAUGCUUUUCUAUUUGUUAUAUAUCAAAGUAGAUUAGUUAGCAAUUGCUCGUGGCAAUUAGAUAAACCGGAAUAUUUUCUAAUUGAGUGAUACAUUGUAUUCCAAAUCUCUCUAUUUUAGUUUCCUUUGAGCUUUGAA